UUAAUGUCCUGUCAUUUUCAAAUUGUGUAUGGCUUAUAUCAAAAUUUUAAAGUAAUUCUAAACUUAUAGAAAGUGAUGAAUUCAGAUAGAAGUGACUAUGAUACAAUCUCAAUUGGCAUUGGAUUAGGUGUAUUUUGCCUUCCGUUAACUUUACUAAUCCCAGAUUUCUCAGUGUGGAAUGCCAUACCAAAGUUCAGAGUGUCACGAUUCCACAUCAUAGCUCAGUAUCUCACUCCAAGGCAACUGAAUAUUGCAUUAAUUGUGGUGCAAUUAGUGCUAUUCUUAUUUUUUCUCGAAAUUCGGAAGCGAAAACUUCAAGAAAUGGUGAAUGCAGUGAUGACGGUGACAAGAGAAACAGAUACCACCAUGGAUGAAGAGCGUGUGAAGCAGGCGGCUGCGGUCAAAGCCUGCGUACAGUUGCUGGAUGUAUCCACCGACCAUUACGAAAACCUCGUCCUUCUGAAAGACGAAAUUCGGAAGAGAGAGAAGUCUAAGCAGCAUCCGCCGUUUAUUGAACCUAGUACUUCGAGUGUAUAAAUUAUGGGCGCAAUUAUUUUAUAAUGCAUUGUAUGUUUUUGUAACUAACCUAUGAGUAAUAAAAAGUAUUUAAAAUUUUU